AUGGCGCAGUCGAUGAUCAUUACAUCUGAGCCUGAGAACGUCAAAUCAGUCUUGGCUCCUGGCUUGGUGCCAUGGGACGGCUCCUUGGCUAUGGUAUCUUCACAACGGAUGGCGCGCGUUGGGAGCAUUCAAGGGCAAGUAUUCGGUUCCUUGGAGCAGCUGCACUUAUCCGAUCCAGCUUCCCCAGGAGCCCAGGUGUCUGACUUCGAAGGCGUCGAGACGCACUUCUAUAAUCUCGUGGACAAGCUGCCCAAAGAUGGCGAGACAAAGGAACUACAGCGGCUGUUCUUCAACUUCACCAUUGAUAACUCGACAGAGUUCCUGCUGGGUCAGCAGAGCGCCCUGAUCGACGCCGGCUAUGUCGUCAUACGCCUUGUGCAGCAUGUUGCGCGCAUCGAGGCGCGUGGGUCAGUGUUCCGUCAGAGUGUUGCCUUGACGCUUAGCCAUGCCGACGGGGGGCGCUGUGGAAGAGGAUAUAGAUAG